AUGUGGCGCGCGGCCGCGUCCCGCCUCCUCCGCUCGCAGUAUCCGGCCCCCUCCACGGCGGCCUGCACCCUGCGCCACACCCGCCUCUUCUCCCCUCCUCCGCCGCAGCCGCGUCUGGGUCCGGAGGCGGAGGUGACCGCGGCGGAGGCGCGGCGGCUGGUGCGGCUCGUGGGCGUGGAGGCGCUCAAGCGGCGCCUGCGGGAGGACGGGCGCGGCGAGGUGGUCGGCUACGGGGAGCUCCUCGACGCCUGCGUCGAGGCCGGGGCCGCCCGCACGCGCGCCGAGGCCGAGACGCUGGCCCGGGCCAUGGACGACGCCGGGGUCGUGCUGCUCUUCCGGGAUAAGGCCUACCUCCACCCCGAGAAGGUUGUGGACCUGGUCAGAAGGGCUGUGCCGCUUGCACUCACAGCAGAUAACGACACGAGGCAAGAAGAGUUCAAACAGCUCCAGGAAAAGAAGGAGGAAAUUGACAAGCUGGCACACAAGCAAGUCAGGCGUGUCCUGUGGACUGGCUUAGGGUUCUUCAUGACCCAGGUCGGACUCUUCUUCCGUCUCACGUUCUGGGAAUUCUCAUGGGACGUGAUGGAGCCGAUCGCCUUCUUCACAACCACCGCUGGGCUGCUCGUCGGCUACGCCUAUUUCCUUAUCACCUCAAGAGACCCGACGUACCAGGAUUUCAUGGAAAGGAUGUUUGAGUCGAGGAGGAAAAAGCUCUGCGCCAAGCAUGGGUUUGACAUGGCGAAGUACCUGGAGCUGCAGAAACGUUGCAAAUGCCCUCUGGAAGGUCAUCAUGAACAUGACUCGCACCACCUGAGCUGAAAGUUUAUCAGUGUUUUCUUGAUGACCAUUUCUAGUUUCUAGAAGCGCUACCUUUUACAGAGAAAUUGUAUCACCAAAGUGAUGGGAGUAUAUUUACAGAAAUCGGCAAUCACCUAACGAGUCAAACUGAUUUAACUAUGUGUGUUCUUAUCUGCAUCAAGUGGAUGAUGCACGAGCUGUGGUUUUAACAACAAUACAACUUGUUUUGAGAUUCGACCAAUAAGAUACCAGUACCGGUA